AUGCCCCGUUCUUCUCGCACAGGUGAAUUGGUAUACGAUCCCGAGGUUGAGAAGGCAGCGCGUAGGCGGCGGCAAGAGACCAAGAGACAAAAAGGAGGGCACUUAUUUGUUGCAAACGAGUCAGCGGAGGACGAAGUAAGCAUGGCCAACAACCAAACAUUGAGGGAGCUGGCUGCUCCGGAGCUGACUCACCAGCCCUUAUGCAUCACAUUCCCCACUCUGGCUGAGAAUACUGCUUUCGAACUGAAGUCGGGGCUGAUUCACCUCCUACCUUCUUUCCAUGGCCUCUCUGGCGAAGAACCCCACAAGCACGUCAAGGAGUUCGAGGUAGUUUGCUCUAGUAUGAAACCUCCUGGGGUGACUGAGGAGCAGAUAAGACUUAGAGCUUUCCCCUUCUCUCUCAAGGAUGCAGCAAAAGAUUGGCUGUACUACCUACCAGCAGGUAGUAUUACCACAUGGGCGCAGCUGAAAAAGAAAUUCUUGGAAAAAUUCUUCCCUGCAUCCCGGGCUGCGAGUUUGAGGAAGGAGAUCUGCGGCAUUAAACAAUACCCCGGUGAGUCCUUGUACGAAUACUGGGAAAGGUUUAACAAGUUGUGCACUAGAUGCCCGCAACAUCAAAUUAGUGAGCAACUGUUAAUCCAAUACUUCUACGAAGGGCUCCAAUCAACAGAUAGGAGUAUCAUUGAUGCUGCGAGUGGGGGAGCACUUGCAAACAAGACACCACGGGAAGCGUGGGAGCUCAUCGAAGCCAUGGCAGAGAACUCCCAGCAAUUUGGUUUCCGUGAGAGCAACCCACCCCGUAGAGUCAACGAGGUAGAGAUUUCAUCCUUACAGCAGCAAAUGUCAGAAUUGAUGUCAGUUGUUAGGCAAUUAGCCAUGAGAGACGCGCCACGAGCGAAGGUGUGUGGAAUAUGCACUAGCAUGGACCAUUGCACAGACUCGUGCCCCAUUUUGCAAGAGGACGGGGCGGAACAGGUAAACAUGGCCGGAGGCGUGCCCGCGCCCCGCAGGCAGUACGACCCAUACUCUAAUACAUACAAUCCGGGCUGGAGGGACCAUCCCAAUCUCAGUUAUGGGAACAGGCAACAAAAUGCAUUUCCAAAUCGUCCACCAGGAUUCCACCAGCCAUGGCAACCAAAAUCGCAACCCUCGUCCUCCAACUCAGGAAGUUCUCUGGAGGACCUAGUCAAAAACCUGGCCACGACUACUACCAACCUGGCUACGACAACCGCCCAGCUCCAGCAAGAGACUAGAACCUUAGCCAUGAGCACCACUCAGUUCCAGCAGGACACAAAAGCAGGCAUGAAGGAUAUGGAGGCUCGAAUAAGCCAACUGGCAACUGCUAUCAAUCGCUUGGAGUCCCACUCUUAUGGAAAGUUACCCUCACAACCGGAAGUAAAUCCCAGGAAUGUAAGUGCCAUGACACUGAGGAGUGGUAAGACACUGGAAGGGCCUAAAGAGGGGAAUCCAAAAAGCAAGGGUGAAGAGGAGAUAGAGAAGGAAAUUGAAGAGGAAGGGCGUGUUCGCAAGGAUCCUAAGGUAACCUUCACUCCUUCGCCCACUAUUAAAUCUAACUUACCUCCUUUUCCUUGCAGGCUGGAGAAGACAAAGAAGGUAGAGAAGGAAAAAGAGCUUUUAGAUGUGUUCCGAAAAGUGGAGAUUAACAUCCCUUUACUGGAUGCAAUCAAGCAGAUACCGAAAUAUGCUAAAUUUCUCAAGGAUCUGUGCACCCAUAAGAGGAAACUGAGAGGGGACGAAAGAAUAGCGGUGGGAGAGAAUGUGUCAGCAAUGCUCCAAAGAAAGCUUCCACCAAAGUGUGGAGAUCCAG